AGGGAGGAGGGGGCAGUGAUGAAGGGAGUGAAAGAGAGGAGUGCCGUGAAGCAAGCAUGAGGUUUUCACUUUCCAUUCUCCCCUCAGCAGCAGUCAGAUGAGUCCUCGCAGAGAUACAUCUGUCUAUCUGAGGCCAUGACACCUGUACCUCUUCUCUGCCUACCUGUCUCUCUAGAGAAGUGCCUUCUUUUGCUGACCCCUGGGGCUGUUUGGCUCCGCUGAAGCCACCUCUGUGCCUGGCCAUGUCUGCCGGAGUUGCCGGCCACACCAGGAGCCCCAGGACUGCCGAGCCCUUCCACUGAGCCUCCACACCUCCCUCCUUCCCUCCAUCGCCUGCUGCCCGCCAGACCUCCGCCAUUUCUCCAUCCAUGUCAGUCAGCCUGCUUCUGAGGAAGUCAACCACUCCCACCUCCGCAGACAGACUCUGAUAGUGAAGACAGCUUUUAUCGGCUCCUGUGAGCAGAAGGAGAUUGUCCCUUCGCUGUCCCCUCCACUGCAGCCUACUCCACCUCAUCCUUGCCUUUCGUUUCCUCUCUGUCCUCCUUCCCUCUUUCCUCCAGCCCUGCAUCUUUUCAUCAUGGGCCGACUCAAUCGAUAAUGCGUUUUGCCAUUCAUCUCAUCUGACAGCUCAGCCGUGGAGCGAGGCGCGAGAACUGGUGUGCGCGGAAGAGAGAGAGAACGAGAGAGACCGAUUGCAAAGCAAACGUCUGUGGCCGUCACCAGCCCGGGCCCUGGGUGACAGGCAGUGAAGGAUUCCUUUUACAGCCGCAAACAGACUCUUGGGAUCGGCUGCAGGUGGUAGGCGAGUCUCAGGCCUCACAGGCUUCACCGUAGAACCAGACCGCCAGGACAAAACCUCCUAAAACUGGAUUUCCCCCAUGUCAUUUACUUCUUCAGACUUCUCUGUUGUCCCAGUAUCAUUAGAAACACACAGACUUGUAAUUGCAUUCGCUGGAUAUCUGCUCCACUUUAUCGACCCCUUCUGCCCGGUUCAAAAUGGCGGUGAACAUGACGCAGAUGCGAGACACGAAGUGGCUGACGUUAGAGGUCUGUCGGGAAUUUCAGAGAGGAACGUGCUCGCGACCAGACAGCGAGUGCAAGUUCGCUCACCCUGCCAAGAGCUGUCAAGUGGAAAACGGCAGAGUCAUUGCCUGUUUUGACUCACUCAAGGGCCGCUGUUCCAGGGAGAACUGUAAGUACCUCCAUCCUCCUCCUCACCUAAAGACCCAGCUGGAGAUCAAUGGAAGGAACAACCUCAUCCAGCAGAAGAACAUGGCGAUGCUGGCCCAGCAGAUGCAGCUCGCGAAUGCAAUGAUGCCCGGCACACAGCUACAGCCAGUGCCCAUGUUUUCAGUCACACCCAGCCUUGCAACCAACGCCAAUGCGGCGUUUAACCCCUACCUUGGCCCUGUGUCGCCCGGCAUGAUACCCGCCGACAUGUUGCCCAGUGCUCCCAUACUGGUCACCAGCAACCACAACGUCCCUGUUGCUGCUGCCGCCGCCGCACAGAAGCUCAUGAGAACAGACAGACUGGAGGUGUGUCGGGAAUACCAGCGGGGUAACUGUACACGUGGGGAGAAUGACUGUCGCUUUGCCCACCCGUCAGACAGCACUAUGAUCGACACCAACGACAACACAGUCACUGUGUGCAUGGACUACAUAAAGGGCCGCUGCACGAGGGAGAAGUGCAAGUACUUCCACCCUCCAGCUCACCUGCAGGCCAAGAUUAAAGCCGCCCAACACCAAGUCAACCAGGCUGCGGCCGCUGCAGCCAUGAAUCAGUCGGCUGUCAAAUCACUGAAGCGACCCCUCGACGCAACUUUUGACCUGGGGCUCCCUCCCGUUUUGCCUCCUUUACCAAAGAGACCUGCACUUGAAAAAGCCAACGGUGCCACCACUAUGUUCAACGCUGGCAUAUUCCAGUACCAACAGGCCCUGGCCAACAUGCAGUUUCAGCAGCAGGCUGCCUUCAUACCAUCAGGCUCGAUAUUUUGCAUGACACCUGCAACAAGUGUUGUACCCAUGAUGCACGGUGCUACUCAAGCCACUGUGUCUGCAGGCGCCACAUCUGCCACAAGUGUUCCCUUUGCAACCGCAACAGCCAAUCAGAUUCCAAUGAUAUCUGCCGAGCAUCUGACUAGUCACAAGUAUGUGACCCAGAUGUAGGAGUCUCAAUCAGAACAAUGGAAACGGGAGCGUGCUGGCUUGGAUUCCGAGAUGAGCAGUCACCCUUCAUGCCUGUAACAUCAAGCGAAGAGGAACCAGAACCCGGACUGGUUUGAAAUAAAUCUGCAUGUUAACAUAGGAGGCACAGUUUUUGUCAGGAUCGUUUUCUUGUGUAUUUCAUGCACACUAUUACACGACAACAACAGAAUAGAACAUAAUUUGCAUUACAGACUGCCUUUCGCUCUGUAGAGGCCACUUACCUUUAUUCACCGGACACACUUUGAAUGUGAAAAUGAGGUAAACGCGCGGAGCAGUCGAGAGGAAAACAAUCGACUGUUGUAUUGGUACGUCCAUUGACCAAGAAUCAUGACUUAUGGUGUUUGUUUAGCUCAUCGAUUGUUGGUCUUUGACUCAAACGUGUUCAUUUGUUUACACAGAGGUGCACCUUGUAUUUCAGUUCAAAGAAAACUAAUGAUCUUACUGAAUCACAUAUGCAUGCACGCUGAUUUUCGUUACGAUUUUUGUUCUGUUAUAAAACCAAUGAUAAGGGAAAUUACAUGAGUGCACUCAGAGGCGAAAUAGCAACUGAAUGUGUGUGAGGUGUCUUUCAAACCUUUGUAGCCUACCUUUCUGUCUUUUAAGCACAUGUCUUUAACCUUGCAGGCGACCCAGUGAAGUGCCACACAUCCGUAAAACACACGAAUGGUAUUCAAGCAGUGUUGCAAAGUAUCAAACUCAACGAUUCCCUUUAAUCCUUCUCUAGUUUCUCUCACGGGGCAACAUGUAGCGUCCGGCGCCGUGACCUGUCAGUACCUGGGAUUCCAAACAGACCCACUGCUGAUUAGAUCCCCCAGAUUGUCUGCUUUACUCAGAUCUACUGACUGAAUAGGUUUUUUUGAUUUUUAAUUCUUCACGGUUUAGGUCAGUUGUGCUCGUUGAGUCGAUUGAGUUGUAUGCGAGGUCUCGUCCUGAGCGGGGGAGACCAAAGACUCUCCCAUUAGCGACGAUGGCGCUAUACGAUACAACGAAUAGCUUUUAAAACAACAUGGCGAUCAGUCGGUAUCCAAACUGCUGUGAGACACACUACUCAAAAUCUACGGUGCAACUGGCGAUGGAUAGGGGAUUUGCAUGACCUGAUUUGUGUUAAUUUGUAUGGUUAUGCAUAUUUUAAAGGCAGGUUGUAAAGGUAGAGGUUAGUGUGGUGUGUGUGUGUGAGUGUGUGUGUGUGUGUGUGUGUGUGUGUGUGUGUGUGUGUGUGUGUGUGUGUGUGUGUGUGUGUGUGUGUGUGUGUGUGUGUGUGUGUGUGUGUGUAUAGUCUGACAUAUUUAUGAAUAUUUGUUAAAUACAUCUACCUGAGAGCUGUUUUCAGAUAGUCAGCCAAAGUUUUUUGUGUCACUGUUGUUAGAUGUUGUGGGUAGAGUUUAGAGGGGCUGACUUUUU